AUGGGGAAGAGACUUGUUCCAAGAAUGAAAGAUCUACAUUCUUCACUUGAGACCAAACUUAACCAAUGGAGAUAUGCUUCUCCAUAUUCUUACUCAAAUUCUAUCCACUAUUUUACAAGCAAAUAUUUUCUAUCAUUGCCUUCCACUGGUAUCAACUUGAAAAAUAAUGCACAUCAAUCUCUUCCACUGAAAAUUGAGAAAGAAUAUGUUCAGAAUUCAGAACGAGUAAAAUCUGUUGAUCUACAUCCAGCUGAGCCAUGGAUUCUAGCAAGCUUGCAUUCAGGAACUAUAUGUAUUUGGAACUGUCAGUCACAGACUGUGGAAAAGUCUUUCAAGGUCACUGAAUUACCAGUCAGGUCAGCAAAGUUCAUAGCACACAAAAACUGGAUAGUUGCUGCAGCAGACGACACAUUUAUUCGCGUCUACAAUUAUAACACACUAGAAAAGAUUAAAGAGUUUGAGGCACAUAAAGACUACAUUCGGUGUGUGGCUGUCCAUCCGACCCUUCCAUAUGUGCUGACAGCGUCUGAUGACAUGGUUAUAAAGCUUUGGGAUUGGGAGAAGGAUUGGAUAUGUGCUCAAAGAUUUGAGGGACAUUCACAUUAUGUGAUGCAGGUUGCAUUUAACCCAAAAGAUAGCCUUACUUUUGCAAGUGCAUCACUUGAUGGUACCAUAAAGAUAUGGAACAUUUCCUCCCCUGCUCCAAAUUUUACAUUAGAUGGCCAUUUGAAAGGUGUGAACUGUGUUGAGUACUUCACAGGCGGCGAUGAACCAAAAUUAUUGAGUGGUUCUGAUGAUUUUUCUGCUAAGGUGUGGGACUCUCAAAGCAAAAGUUGUCUGCAAACACUAGAGGGCCACAGCCACAAUGUUACCUCAGUAUGUGCUCAUCCGGAGCUUCCCAUAAUUAUUACAGGUUCUGAGGAUGGGACUAUUCGUAUAUGGCAUUCAACAACCUAUAGGCUUGAGAACACAUUAAACUAUGGUCUCGGAAGAGUUUGGGCAGUUGGAUACAAGAAAGGAUCAAACCAGGUUGUUUUUGGUUGUGACAACGGAACAAUUAUGGUCAAUAUGAACAGUACUUGAGGUUUUCUGCACCUACAAGUUGAGGAGGAAGGGUUGGGAGGAAUAAAUUCAUUUACUGCUGCUUCUACAAGUAUUCUAUGGGGUGUUCUGUAUGACUAAGUCUGUGUAUCUUCGAGAUGAAAAGGAAGACUAGAAGGAAGAAUUACAAUUAGCAUUAUUUCUAUCAUGAUUAUAUGUUCUGAAAUUACAGCCACAAAGGAUCACUUCUAGACUUCUA